AUGACAAGCCAAAAUCCGAUUGACGUUGACUCCAUGGUUGGACAAUCCAAGUGUCCGAUCUGUCACGAGAUGAAGGAUUCCAUGUUUUCUUUCUUGUGCGGUCAUAUUGUGUGGGAGACCCGCUACGCUCAAGGAUCCGUGACCGGUGAAAUGCCCGACUUGUACGAACGUACAGGGGAGAGCAACCCUGCGCCAGAUUUUCUUUCUGGUGUCGCCGCACACGUCACAAGCUCCUCUGAAAGAGGCGGAGAGGCAGUUGAAGGAGGUUUUGCGGAGAGAAGCAGGGUGAUAGAGGAGCUUGGCAAGGAAAUCAAGCAGAACUCCAAAAGCCUUGCCGAGAUCAACGCACACAUUGAUCAGCUGGCAAAGAUGCGUGGCAAGCUCACCGGGGAACAUAGGGAGACCACACCCUAA